GCGCUGGGUCAGGGUGGCCUGGGAAGGGGCGGAGGAAGGAGACUAGAGCAGGAAGAGCAGCGGCGAGGCAGCGGCGGCGGAGUCCGUGGUGGCAGAGGCGAAGGCGACAGCUCCGCGGAUUGGCUGCGGCCGCGAGAGCAGGAUGCGGGUCCGGUUUGGGCUGACGCUGCUGCUCUGUGCGGUGCUGCUGGGCUCGGCCUCGGCGUCCUCGGAUGAAGAAGGCAGCCAGGAUGACUCCUUAGACUCCAAGACUUCUUUGCCAUCAGAUGAGUCAGUAAAGGACCAUACCACCACAGGCAGAGUAGUUGCUGGUCAGAUAUUUCUUGAUUCAGAAGAAUCAGAAUUGGAAACUCAUGUUCAAGAAGAGGAAGACAGCCUCAAGAACCAGGAGGGAGAAAGUGUCACAGAAGAAAUCAGCUUUGUAGAAUCUGCAAAUCCAGAAAACAAGGACUAUGAAGAACCAAAGAAAGUACAGAAACCAGCUCUGACUGCCAUCGAUGGCACAGCAAAUGGGGAGCUCUGCCAUUUCCCUUUUCUUUUCCUGGAUAAAGAAUAUGAUGAAUGUACAUCAGAUGGGAGGGAAGAUGGCAGACUGUGGUGUGCUACAACCUAUGACUACAAGGCUGAUGAGAAGUGGGGCUUUUGUGAAACUGAAGAGGAGGCUUCUAAGAGACGGCAGAUGCAGGAAGCAGAAAUGCUGUAUCAGACUGGAAUGAAAAUUCUCAAUGGAAGCAAUAAGAAAAGCCAAAAAAGAGAAGCAUAUCGAUAUCUUCAAAAGGCAGCAGGCAUGAACCAUACCAAGGCUCUGGAGAGAGUGUCAUACUCUCUUUUGUUUGGUGAUUACCUGACACAGAAUAUCCAGGCGGCUAAAGAGAUGUUUGAGAAACUGACUGAGGAAGGCUCUCCCAAGGGACAAACUGCUCUUGGCUUUCUUUAUGCCUCUGGACUUGGUGUUAAUUCAAGUCAGGCAAAGGCCCUUGUAUAUUACACUUUUGGUGCUCUUGGGGGCAAUCUAAUAGCCCACAUGGUUUUGGGUUACCGAUACUGGGCUGGCAUCGGAGUCCUCCAGAGUUGUGAAUCUGCACUGACUCAUUAUCGUCUUGUUGCCAAUCACGUUGCUAGUGAUAUCUCACUAACAGGAGGCUCAGUAGUACAGAGAAUACGCCUGCCUGAUGAAGUAGAAAAUCCAGGAAUGAAUAGUGGAAUGCUAGAAGAAGAUUUGAUUCAAUAUUACCAGUUCCUGGCCGAAAAGGGUGAUGUACAAGCACAGGUUGGUCUAGGACAACUGCACCUGCAUGGAGGGCGUGGAGUAGAACAAAAUCAUCAGAGAGCAUUUGACUACUUCAAUUUAGCAGCCAAUGCUGGCAAUUCACAUGCUAUGGCCUUCUUGGGAAAGAUGUAUUCGGAGGGAAGUGAUAUUGUACCCCAGAGUAAUGAGACAGCUCUUCACUACUUUAAGAAAGCUGCUGACAUGGGCAACCCAGUUGGACAGAGUGGGCUUGGAAUGGCAUACCUCUAUGGAAGAGGUGUUCAAGUUAAUUAUGAUCUGGCACUGAAAUAUUUCCAGAAAGCUGCUGAACAAGGCUGGGUGGAUGGACAACUACAGCUUGGUUCUAUGUACUAUAAUGGCAUUGGAGUCAAGAGAGAUUAUAAACAGGCCUUGAAGUAUUUUAACCUAGCUUCACAGGGAGGGCAUAUCUUGGCUUUCUACAACCUUGCGCAGAUGCAUGCCAGUGGCACAGGUGUGAUGCGAUCAUGUCACACUGCGGUGGAGUUGUUUAAGAAUGUAUGUGAAAGAGGCCGUUGGUCUGAGAGGCUUAUGACUGCCUAUAACAGCUAUAAAGACGGCGAUUACAAUGCUGCAGUGAUCCAGUACCUCCUACUGGCCGAACAAGGCUAUGAAGUGGCACAAAGCAAUGCAGCCUUCAUUCUUGAUCAGAGAGAAGCAACCAUUGUAGGUGAAAAUGAAACUUAUCCCAGAGCUUUGCUGCAUUGGAACAGGGCGGCCUCUCAAGGCUACACUGUGGCUAGAAUUAAGCUUGGAGACUACCAUUUCUAUGGAUUUGGCACUGAUGUAGAUUAUGAGACUGCAUUUAUUCAUUAUCGUCUGGCAUCUGAGCAACAGCACAGUGCACAAGCUAUGUUUAAUCUGGGAUAUAUGCAUGAGAAAGGACUGGGCAUUAAACAGGAUAUUCACCUUGCAAAACGUUUUUAUGACAUGGCAGCCGAAGCCAGCCCAGAUGCACAAGUACCAGUCUUCCUAGCACUCUGCAAAUUGGGCGUUGUCUAUUUCUUACAGUACAUACGGGAAACAAAUAUUCGAGAUAUGUUCACCCAACUUGACAUGGACCAGCUUCUGGGACCUGAGUGGGAUCUUUACCUCAUGACCAUCAUUGCGCUGCUGCUGGGAACAGUGAUAGCUUACAGGCAGAGGCAGCACCAGGACAUGCCUGCGCCCAGGCCUCCAGGGCCACGGCCAGCUCCACCCCAGCAGGAAGGGCCCCCGGAGCAGCAGCCACCACAGUAGCAUCCGCCAUGUCCACCCUUGAUCAGUGACAACUAAGGAAGUUGUUUGCUGAGAACACUUGCAUUUGAUUUAGGACUUUGGAUCAGUGGUCACCUCCUGGAAGAGGCACAAAGAAGCAUUGAAUUCCUAAAGCUGCUUAGAAUCUGAUGCCUUUAUUUUCAGGGAUAAGUAACUCUUACCUGAACUAAGUUGAAUGUUUGUUUCAGUGCCAUAUGGAAUAACAACUCUCAGUGGCUUUCCUUUUUUUUCUUUCCUGGAAACAUAUGUGAGACACUCAAAAGUCUACUGUAUCCAGCUAUCUUCUAUCCAGUAAUGUCUACUGUAUCCAGCUAUCUUUCUUGGAUCCUUUCGGUCAUUCUUUCAGUGUGCGUAAGUUCUUAUAUCAGCCAUCUUUAAGGUUUUGUGCAUCAACACUAAAAACUGAUCAAUAUAAAAAGGAAAACCUGGUUAGUUGCAAGUUUAACCUUAAACAUGUUUGAAAGCCAGAGAAUAGAACUUGCCUUUUAAGUAAAAAAAAAAAUGUCUUGGAACUGCGAUAACUGAGAAGCUUAUCAGUCCACCUACAAGUAUACACAUUAAGCAUAUUUGUUAUUUUAAAAGAAAGGUUGGCAGGUUUCUUCUUAAUGGUGAUUGUCACACAUUAUACUUCUUUCUUCAAAGACUGAAAGGACUUGUUUAAGAGUUUUUUGUGAACUUCACUUUUUUUGGAAUGGAAUAUGUAUGUAAAACUUAGUGAACUGAGUCCUUGCACUAACGUGAAUUUGCCCUACCUACCACCUACUCGGUGUAAUUUUCUUGUUUGUUUUGAAUAUACAGAGCCUUGAUCCGGAAGCCAGAGGAUGGACUAAAUGGGAGAAAUUAGAAAACAAUAUUAAACAACUCUGGAUGGGGUACUAGGAUCAUAGACACACUUUCCCAAAAGUUGAAGCAUUUGUUCCCAGAAUUUAUUUUACUUUGCAUUUCUUAUUGAACAAAGAACAGAUCACCCUCCUGAAUUCUUUAAAUAUGAAAUGUAAUUGCCAGGAUAUUGCAUACAGUGACUACCAUUAUCGUACUAGAACUCAGACAGAGAAUCAGAGAUGGAUUAAACUCAGUGGUUGAUGAAAGCCAAAGUCUGUUUGUACUGUUCUAUACUGUUUAGGUACCUUUUUAUUUCUUAUAGUUUUAUAUUACAGUAGAAAGUCAGCCUCCUCCUUAGCUAUCUUAUUCACCAUCCUCUCACUGUUAACAUCAGGAAAAUCAAGGCUACUACACUUCAGAAUUUGCUGGUUAAAUAGCAUGGGAAAAAAAACAACAAAGAAAACUGAGAACUUCACAUAAUCACACAAAUGAAACAAAGCUUAAAUUGAAUUUGUGUUUCAUUUUAUUGUCACAUGGUAGCAUUCACCAGCCUGUAUCUAGUCUGAGACUGCAUUCAUAUCUGAGCAGGCUUUGAUGCCUGUUAGCAUCAGUCUAUUGAUACUAACCUUUAUACUUUUUCCCAUAAUCCCUCAUCUGCUGGAAAACUUGAAGAGUUUAUUACUUACAGAGUUAUAGUGCUUUGUCUUUUGAAGUUGGGAUUGUAUUUAGAACUAGAUUUAAUUGGUCUGUAAUGAACAUGAAGGCUUUAAAUGUGAAGUUGUAUACAUUGUGUUUAGAGUAUUAUGGGAAAUCUGGUAAGCAAACUUUCCUCCCAGAUAAUUGCUUCUGAAUUUGAACAGAUGGUCACAGAGAGAACCAUAUGUAUAAAAGCAUGUCUGUGAAAGGUAGGAAAUUUUACCCUCAGCAGUGUAAUGUCGCUUUAGGCAGCUCUUGUAAAUAUUAUGAAUUGUUCUGGUCUCUUACACAUGGAGAUUUGAGUGCAGUUGGUCAGUAUGUUGCUGUCUUCACUGCCUUCUUCCCCCCCAUCAAAUAUGGGUAAUCCAUGGUAGCUGCCAUGUUCCAUUUAGAAGGAACUGUUUUAAUUUAUUUAAAAGUUGUAAAACCCCUCUAAGGUGACUGUCAACUUCCAUUUUUUUCUUCUGCCAGCCAUCUAAUUUCUCCUUUAGCAUUUGUAUCUCUAUCUUCAUUUACUUCCUUCCAUUAGUACUUUGAGAAAACAUUUCUUAAAACAGUGUGUACUACCUAGGCCAGAUGGGAAAGUGUAGUCUUGUUCUUCAUGUAAUAACAAACUUGCUAUUAGUUUACACUUGCCUUUUUAAAUUAACAUUCCAAAUAUCAUUUUCUUGGUUCGUUUCCACUUCCUGUUUUACCCUGGGUCAUUUGCUACCAGAAAUUUGAAUGGUAUCUUUAAAAUUUCUUAGUUCUUAUGGCUUUAUUUAAAAACUGUCUCAAAAUACUUUGCUUCCUUUUUCAUUUUUGUUCAGGGGACGUGGUACCUAAGCAAAUAGGAAUUGGUGGGUUUGGUUUUUCUCCUAAAAUAAUGCUCAGUACUUACCUAAUCAAAUGGCAUCCAUUUGAAUAAAAUGACAAUAACUAAAGCUAGUUAAUGUCAGUGACAUUAAACUGACUCCAGGAUUCAGGAGUUUUAAUGUUAGAAUUUACAGUUAACAGAGUGUGGCUUCAUUUCUCCAUGGUAGCCCAUCUCUCCUCAUACCUUUUAUAGUGUGUCUUCCUGCCUUUGAAGUUGAUGACAGUAGUUCUCUAUUUAGCUUAUGUUCUCUUGGUUUGGUUUGUUGGUUAGCCAACUCUCUUGAAACUAUCCAUUUUGCUUCUAUUUUAUUUUAUCAAGGUAGCAUUGAUGGGGUUUUUUUUCUUUUUGUGUUUGAAGUUUUUGUUUCUGUUUUCUAGGUGAGGCUUAUCUUAGUUUGAUUAAUAGUCAAUGGCACAGAAAAAGUAAAUUAAAGGCUUUUUUCAGACUUCAUUAUUUAGCAAUUAAAUCAGUUUAAUUUAUGAAUCAUUAAUCUUGAUACUCUUGAGGAUUUAUUACUUUUCUGCAUGUAAGGUUAAUUUCUGAGAGUUUUACCACUAAGCUGUUUUAUCUCUGUACCAUUGGCAACUUUUGGAAAAUUACACCAGUGACCUGGUGAUGAUCUGAUGAUUUAUUCAAUUAAGGAGCUGCUGAUGCCUCGAGGAAACUUAAAUAUUUUAUAUAUAGGAAUUUUUUUGCUUUUGCUUUGUUUUUCCUUCCCUUCCUUCCUCCUCAUGUUUGUUCUUCAAACCAGUGUUUUGGAAGCAUGCAUGCAGGCCUGUAAAUGAAAACUGUUAAUACAAUUCUUCAUGUGUGUAGCAUGUGUCUCAAUGUCUAACUACAUAUGCAAAAACUUCCUUUACAGAGGUCUGGACUAGCAUUCACAUGCACAUUUCAAAACAAGAUGCUUCAGGUAAACCGUCCCUUUACCUGCCAAGAAGAGAAGGGCUAUAUUUGCUCCAGUGACAGCUGAUAUUUAUUUUGAAAGUGACUAUAAUACAUAUUACAUAAUAUUAUGACAAAGAGGUAUGCAUGAAAAAAUUAGAGAAAAAGAAAACUUCUAUUUUCAUGCAAAUAUUUUUCAUCAGUCAUCGCUCUCAAACGUGAAAAUAUACAAUUUCUGAAUGCUACAUUGUCUGAGGCACUACCUGGUUUUUAAAUGUGUAGUAUUCGUUGAAAAGAAGCUAAAUUUCUCCAUCUAUUUGGUAUAUCAAGAAAAUUUUAAAUGAUCACAAGUAGAAAAUGAUUUAUAUUUUAAAGUGACUAUUUGCACAAGAAAAAAAUCUGAUUUCUGUGCAUGAGAAGGAUGGCUUGGUUAUGUACAUGGAGCCAUCUCACAUGAGCUGUUUUUCCUAUUUGGUUUGACAGACAAAGGCUGACACUAUUCUCUUUGAUUUAAAAAAAAAAAACUCAUAAAACUUAUAAUGUUGAUAUGAUCAAGGUGUAACCACUAUGAAUAUUUAGGAGAGGAAGUUUUAAAAGACAUAACCUGGCAUUGUGAAGGAACACCGUGGUAGACUUUUUUUGUAAAUUUAUUUUGUAUUUAAUGAAAUGCAGUAUAAAGGCUGGUGAAGUGUAAUAUAAUUGUGUAAACAAAUCCUGUUAAUAGAGAGAUGUACAGAUUCGUUUUGUACUGUAUCUUGAAACUUGUGAAAUAAAGAUUCCACCUCUGGUUAUCCUA